CAAGGAUGAAUCUGUGGGUAUCAUUUAUGCUGUUUCUUGCCCUUGAAUGCAGCGCCAUUACAAACAAGCAAAAGACUACGCUUUUACGCCUACAUAACGCUGCGCGUCUCAAGGUGGUGGCGUGCAAAGUUCCAGGGCAACCGUCUGCCAAACAACUACCCAAGCUGUAUUGGGACGAUGAAUUAGCAGAGAAAGCGCAGCGACAGAGUGACACUUGUCAAUUCGGUCAUAACACGAACGAGGAAAGAAUCACCUCGAAAUGGAGCAAUUGGGUUGGGCAAAACAUUGCAGGAAACCCAGCAUAUCAAAAUGGAUUUCAAGCUUGGUUCAAUGAAUACAAGGAUUACAAUUUUCAACAAAGGAGCUGUGCUAAAGUGUGCGGACAUUAUACACAA